UUAUUUGCAUAUUUCUAAUACAUUAUUUAAAUUCAGGUCAACAACCAAAUGGAGUCUCCAAACUAAGCGAUUCUGUUGUUCAAAAUGACAAAACUCGUCAAAAAUCAUUACUACUGCCGAUUCAAUCAUCCCAUUCGUCCCAUUCAUCCCAUUCCUCAUUAAAUAGUUUAAAUCAAUUGCGGAUGAAUGAGGAGAAGGCAGUGCCCAAGAAUGUGACCGCACAGGUCGGCCAUCCCGUGUACCUCCACUGCAUUGUCGACGCCUUUGGCGACAAAAUGGUUUCAUGGAUUCGUUUACGUGAUUUCCAUUUACUAACAGUAGGUCUUCUCACUUAUAUAUCGGAUGACCGGUUUGUUAUACGACACGGAACUCUCCAGUCCAACGACUGGGCCCUACAAAUCAAACAUGUCGUUCUCAACGAUGAAGUUCCUGUGGCCGAGAUGGUGGGCCAGCCGGACAUGUUUGUACGCGCCGGUGCCGUCAUUAACCUAACGUGUGUGAUAUCACGUUCGCCAGAAUCGCCAGCAUUUGUCUUCUGGUACCACAACAACCGUAUGAUUAAUUAUGAUUACAACUCCAUUGGAAGGGGAGAGAUAUCGGUGCAGAAAGACUCGUCCAAAAGUGAUGCCGUAAUCUCACGUUUGGUCAUACGGUCAGCCAAACUGCACGACAGCGGCAACUAUACGUGUGCGGCCAGUAAUGCUCAGCCGACGUCCCUAUAUGUGCACGUAUUACAGGGAGAGAAACGCUUAUCGAGUAGAAUACAGAACGACCAGCCAUUCAAUGAACUCAAUGCCAGCGAUACUAACUCUGGCACAUCAUUCACAUCCCUGUGCUCUACAUACCGGUCAACUCAUAUUCUCCUCAUCUUCAUUAUCAUUGCAUUGCAAACACAUUUCAACAAACAUUCAGUCUUUACAUAAAGGGUUAGCACAACAGUCGACAGUACUAUACGGGAAGACAAUUCGCUAACGGCUCUAAUCAAAUGGAUAUCAAAACACACACUACUCUAUACUUAUAUAAUAUAUAUUUUAAGAGUUUAAGAGUUUCAAUCUCUUUAUUGUUUAUAUACCGUAUAGUCGAAUGAAAGUGGGCAAACAUGUACAGAUGAGCCAUGCUCAUUUUGUUGAAUCAUUUAACCAACAGAGAGAGAGAGAGAGAGAGAGAGAGAGAGAGAGAGAUGGGGUUUGAUUUGCGUAUGUAUUGUACUCAUUGUUAAAAAGCUGGGAAACGCAAGUAAGAAGUGAUGGUUUGCCAGCACUUAAUCACUUAAUCCGACACCAAAGACAUCGAAUCUCUUUCAUCUCUUGCAUUGUCAUCAUUGGUAUCAUUCCAUUGAUAAUGCAUUACAACUGAUACUCAAGUGUCAGUUCGACCAUUAAAUUGAACUGACAUUUGCAUUGUCUGUCUUUGCAUUAUAUAAUUGAUUGUAAAAUAAUAUCAAAAUAAGAGUAUUUGCUCUGAAAUAGUGAUUAGGAAGUAUUGAUAACUCGUGU